UAUGGACAUUCAUUAUAGUGAAAACGAGCACAGAUGUAGUAUUUAUUUAGGAGCUUUAGGGAUACUGGGUUUUUUGACUGUGAUGGUGUUAGCCAUGUUUUUGAGAUAUACCUAUAAGUUUGUCAGGAUUUAUGGAGUGGAGUAUAAAUGAAUACUGAUGUUCUUAUGCACAGCAAAUCUAUCAGUAAUGGCGACAAUGGCUCAGAUGAUUAUUCAGUUCACCCAAAAUAUCAACAAGCCCAGUUCAGAAUGAACGAACUUUCCUGAGGACUUGUGCCUAGGCGCAGUCAUAUUCGCCAUGCCACGCUUCUUAAUGAUGUCUGCGAUAGUGUUCAGCUUCUUUAACUGGAUUUUUCAGAUUCAGGAGAUUAGGCAGUACUUGAAUAGAGCUACAAACUUCAGAAGAAAGUUUGCAAAUAUAGUACUACUGAUAACCCAGCUGCUAAUCCUGGGUUUACUAGUACCUAUAAUCCUGACUUCAUGCGUGGACAGAUUGAACCCGACCAAAGCCCAUAAGCUAUACUUCUGGAUUUUGACAGCCGCACAUUUUGUAGUGUCGACUGCCUAUGUGUUAGUGGGGGUUUAUUAUUAUGUGUGACUGAAGAGAUUUUCAGCAACUAAGGCGAAAGAGAUGAAAAAGAGGAUAUUUUUUAGUGUAUUUUUCAUAUCAAUUCCGAUUUAUAUGAGAGGGGUUGAGAAUUUAAUACGCAAUUUUACAGGCAAUGCUGGUUUUUCGAAGAAGUCUCUGAAAAAUAAUGAUUUUAGAUACCCUGCGUUUAUUGUAUUCUUUUACACAUUCAAUGACCUCCUUCCUAUCUCUGCAAUGAUGCUGAGCAUGAAAAUAGUAAUAGACCACUACUACCAAAGCAUCAAAUCCCUUCAUAACACUCCUUCAACCAGUAGUCCUUCUCAAUCAACCCUCACUAAAACACCACAGAACCGCCCACGUGACUCAGGCGACCUCAACGAAACCUUCUCCUCCAGUUUCAACGACAAAGAACUACACAACUCCUCAACAAUCUCCAAUCCCUCCAUCCCCCACGAAAACUACACACCUCCAAAAUCCCCCUAAUCCCAGUCAAAAUUUGAAACCUCUCAAUCUGA